UCCAUGACCCGCAGUAGGAAGCGGGCGGCGCUGGAGAGAGGAGCCGGGAAGAUGAACUCAGAGGCGGGGAGCGCCGCGGCGGCGGCCGCGGGAGCUCGGGCGUCGGGGACGGCGGCGGCGGCGGCGGCAGCGGCAGCGGCAGCAGGGGCAGCCGGCGGCGAACCGGCGGCCGCCGCCUGGGGGCUGGAGGGGGAGGCGGAGAAAGUUGUGUACUCCCGCUCGCAGGUCUCCUUCGCCGGCACCAAGGCGCUGGGCGACGCCCUCAAGCUCUUCAUGCCCAAGUCCACGGAGUUCAUGAGCUCCGACUCGGAGCUGUGGAACUUCCUUUGCAGCCUCAAGCACGAGUUCUCCCCGGUCAUCCUCCGCAGUAAGGACGUCUACGGAUACUCCUCCUGCCGCGCCGUCGUCCCAGACCCGCCGUCGCCCUCGGAGCGGCCCCGCCGCCGCGCCGGCAAGCGGCGCCUCCCGGCCGCCGACGCCAAGCGCCGGGCCGGGGCGGCGGGCGGCAGCGCCAAGCGGCGGCGGCGGCGGCGGCGCCGCAGGAGGGAGCGGGGCAGGCAGCGGCCCGCGGCCGGUGGCCCCCGCGCCCAGGAGGAGGCGGUAGGGGCGCCGGAGCCGUCGGGCGAGCAGGGGGACGGCGAGCAGGGCACCCCGGCGGCGGCAGCCUGGGAGCCGUUCGGCGGCAAGUCGCUGGAGGAGAUCUGGAAGGCGGCUACCCCCCUCCUCACCGCGUUCCCCACCAUCCGUGUGCGGGGCAACGUGUGGAGCCAGCGGAGCCUGGCGGCGGCGCGGCGGCGGGCGCAGCGGAUCCUCGGCGUGGACCUGUCCCCCGUGGUGCUGGUGCGCCGCUUCCCCGUGGCACCGUCCUGAGCCUGCGGGGGCUCCGCUGCCCGCACCUCACCUUUGCCGCGGUGCGGACAAAGAGACCGGUAUCAGUCACCUGUUUACAUUGCUUUUGUCUGGAUCGUGUUCUGCUGCUGCACUUUAUGGCCCGCUCGGGCGGCGCCGGGCCCCCCGCCGCACGGGGGGCGGCCUGCCGGGCCCCGGGGUGGGGCCACCUGGCAGGUAUCAUGCGUGGGGACCAAGUUCCACUUCCACUUUUUUUUCUCUCCCAUUGGGCUACCUCACUGGUCCAGAAGUCCACCCAAGAAGUUAUUUUCCAAAGGAACUUACUAUCAUGCUUGUAUAAUAAAGCACCAUCUGAUUCUUGCUAUUUUUUUUUCCUUUCCCCCCUUCCCCUUUUCUGAUGGAUUAUGUAUGCUUUGUGGUGUUGCACUAGUAUGUGCUCAGGGUAUUUUGAAUCCCAAGCAUUCCCAAGUUUCAGUUUACUCUGAUAAAGGAUGCGUAAAGAAUGGAGGUUCGGGACUUGUGGCUGUUUUUGAUGGUGCAAAAACUUUUUUAAUUUUAAUUUCACGAGCUUAGUGAUAUAUAAAGAUGUAUCGCGCAGUAUAAUUGUUACACUUUUGUAUCUAAAGUCAUUUUUAAAGUUUUCUAGUUGAACUAAGUAUUUGUUUCUAUGGAGCACCUAAAGAUAGAAUCAUCCUGAUAUUUUAUAACCCUGUUUACUUUAGGGAAGCUCAUUUCGUCAACCUAAGUGAACUUAAUAAAAGUCAAAGAACAAAUGGUGUUUCAGUUCAAUGAAACUGCACAGGGAUGGGUUCCUGGUGAAGUGCACCACCACUGAGGUGCUCUGUGUCAGUGAGCUCUGGCUUUGAGAAGAAUGUGCCUGCUUAUCAAAGCAAUAUAUAGGUGUCUGGAGGUGAACUGUGAUCCAGCAUUGGUGCUGACAGCCAGAAGUCAGUAGCUUGUGUGACACAAAUAUCACACUGAAGUGCCUCUGCAAAAAGAGUAAGACUUGAUCUCGAUAACAAACUAGCACUCAUCAUCCUGUGGUUGUGAGAUGGUUAAUGAUGGAUAAUAGUUUAAUAUAAUUACUUGCACAUAAUUAUUUUUAUAAACCAUUCAUGGGUUCCACUGUAGACUGAUGAAAAAUUCAUGAUGUAGCUUGAUUAUUUUGGCUGAAAAAUAACAUGUAGUCAUUCUAUGUGAUAGGCAGUCUCUCUUUAAAUUGAUUUAUUAAAGUUUUUUUUUUUUUUAGCUCUUAUGCCUUGCAAUUGGUGUGUGAGGAGUGAAGGUGUGUGUGAGGGACAAAGUGACUAUUUUUACAUUAAUUUUUUUAUACUUGUGGGAGAGCAAAGAAAUGCUGGGUAAUACACAUCUUACAGUCCCAACUAUCCUGGCAGAUGGGACUAACCAGUUUUAAUGGUGGAAUGAGCAACCUUACAACUUGCUUAUAGAAUUGUUUGGUGAUUUAAAAUUUCUGAUGUCUCUUGACUCCUCGUUGACUGCCUUCAACAAAGGUAGUAAGACAUCUUGAUGUCUCGGUGUAGAG